AUGAAAGUCGUCAUUCUCUCCGCUCUUGCGGCCGUAGCGACCGCCGUUGAACUCUCGACCAACCUCAACUACCACAGUCCCUCUACCCGUCACUCCAACCUCGGGAUCGACCUCCCCACCGUCCAGCGCCGCACCCUCAAGCGCGACUCGGUCCCGUACUCUCCCGAUGAUCUGAACUUCACCCACGGUAUAGCCUCUGGAGACCCCUACCCAACAAGUGUCAUCCUCUGGACCCGCGUCGCUCCGUCUUUAGCGUCCGACCUCGGCAACAUCACGGUCGAAGGCAACGUCCUACUCUACUCUCACGAAACAAAGCGAUACAUCAAAGCUAAUCCCAAUCCCAUCUAUGUCGAUUGGGCUGUUUGGCCUGCCACAUCCUCCAAUGCUACCGGGUGGAAGCGUCAAGGGAAUGAGACUGUGGUUGCCAGCGGCAGGGCGUACACCACGAGCGACAUUGACUUCACUAUCAAAGUCGAGGCUGGGGGUUUGAGCCCGUUUACUGAGUAUAACUACCAGUUCACCAUUUGUGGGUCGGACAAGAAGAGUAGGAUUGGCAAAACAAAGACGACGCCGGAUAAAAAUAACAAUAUUAGCGAGGUGAAGUUGGCCGUGUUCAGUUACAGCAACUUUCCAAACGGGUACUUUAACGCGUAUGGGAAUGCUGCGAGGAAGGGAGGGUUGGACUAUGUGAUCCAUCUUGGAAAUUACAUCUACGAGAGUGCCGGUAGCGGCGAGAGGGCACAUGAUCCCCCGCGCGUGACCUUUACGUUGGGUAACUAUCGGACUCGUCAUGGCCAGUACCGAACCGACCCGGAUCUCCAGCUCUUAGCAACAAAUCACCCCUGGAUUCCUACAUGGGAUGAUCACGAGGUGGCGAAUAAUGGCUACCGAGAUGGGUUCAGUGCGCUCAACAACACCGAGGCUUCGUUCCGCCAAGGUGGCCGGAUGGUUAGUAUCGACCAGAGAAAGAUAAAUGCUGUCAGGGCGUAUUUUGAGUGGAUACCUAUCAGACAGGUAGAUCUAGACGACAAUCUCCGCAUCUGGCGGUCGUUUGAACUGGGCAACCUCGCAGAUCUUCUCAUUUUGGACACGAGAAACUACGACCGGAGCAUCACUUCCCUCGGCUGGAACGACGCCUACAUUGAGCUCAUCCGCGAUGAGGCCUCCCGGUCUCUCAUGGGCGGAAGACAGGAGAGCUGGUUCUAUCGUACUCUGAAAGAGUCCAAGGAUAGGGGUGCCAAGUGGAGGAUCAUAGGCAGCCAAGUUAUUUUUUCUGGUGCGGAUGGAGCUGGUGCUGACACUUGGGGCGGAUAUACCGCCAACCGUAACCGCACUCUGCAAACUCUCAUCGACAAUGACAUCGACAACAAUGUCUUCCUCGCCGGUGAUAGCCAUCGUAAUCAGGUCGCCGACGUCACAUGGCUAGGCGAGUUGGAUUACAACCCUGCCACCGGGUCAGGCUCCCUAGGUGUAGAAUUCGCUGGUACAGCUGUCAGCUCAAGUGGUCGGGCCGGUCCGAUCAGUGCUGCCAACACUUACGCCCGAAAUAGAGUGAGGGAUACCGACGUGCUUCAGUGGCAUGAGGGGUACUAUAGGGGAUAUUUUGUCUUGUCUGUGCAAAAGGACAAGGUUACGGCUGGUUUCUUUGGAUCACCCACGGUUGCAACGAGGAAUCCUUGGGAACUACCCCUGGCGAAUUUGACUAUUCUUUCGGGAGAAAACAAACUCUCCCGCCCUGUAGCUGGCGGGAAGGUAGAGGCUGGGUUUGCAAAGGGGGGAACUACCACGGGGACCAACCUGACUUUGAACACUGAGACGAAGAAGUGGGAAGUGAUCGGCUUCGAUGACAUGUUUAUUUCUCGUUGA